AUGGCCUCGACAUCAGAAGUUGCCGAUGAUGCGGCUGCAGCUCCAGUCAUUCAAUUCAAGAAGAAGUCGCGAGCUCGACCAAAGGGAAACAUCAUAAAGAGGCCAGCCACUCCCGAAAAGAACGAUUCUUCCGACGACGAUUCCUCCUCAGACGAUAACGGGCUCCAGGAUGCGAGGCACAAGGUCAAGCGCAGGAAGAAAGGAACCGAAGUCCACUCCUCGACAACUGCCGAUAAAUCCUUAGCGGCGAUUCUCCCAACUGUCCACCAAGCCGACCGCAGUGUCGCGAUCAAAGACAGCAACGAUGCAACUAAACAACGAAACUGGCACGAAGAAAACAAGCCAGGCGCCAAGAUCGGCCCAACCAAGUCGGCCAGCAACGUCCGGAUGACCACAUUCACCGAGUAUACGCUGGGCAUCUGCAAAGACUACAAGAAGACUGGGCAUUGCGGUUUCGGCGACGCUUGUAUUUUUGUUCACGAUCGAGGCGACUGGACCGGUGGGUGGAAGCUGGAUCAAGACUGGGACAAGGCCGUCAAGGAGAACAAAGUGCCCAAGAGCACGGUGGUAGCCAGCGCCGACCGGACGCGAAAAUUCGACUCUAAGAACGAUGACGACGCGUCGAUCCUGGAAAACAUCCCCUUUGCCUGCAUCAUCUGCGAAAAGUCGUACCGCGAUCCGAUUGUAACGCGGUGCGGCCACUACUUCUGCGAGUCAUGCGCUCUGGCUCGGUAUAGAAAGGACCCAAGCUGCGCCUCCUGCGGUGCGGCAACGAAUGGGGUCUUCAACACGGCAUCGAGAUUACGGAAACUGCUGCAACGGAAGAAGGAAUGGGAGGCGAAGAAGGCUGAGGCUGAGGCUGAAGGGGGAGACGCCUGA